GUUUCCUAAGAAACUGUUGCUGUCGAAGACUGCAGAGAAAUUAGGCAUGAAAACGCCAUGGCCAAAGCUGCUCUUUUUAGUCUACGCUUCUUUCCUGUCUGCCAAAGGUGCUGCUGUCAAUCGGGUGGAGGAGAAAGAAGCCCUGGAGUACCUGAUGAAGUUUGGAUACUUUCAGAAGCCCCUGGAAAGGGUCACAGGUUAUUUCACCAAAGAGGAGAUUGCAGAUGCUGUGAGGUCCUUCCAGAUGGCCUCAGGGCUGCCUGCCACUGGUCAAGUGGAUGCAGCAACCCUCACCCAGAUGCGGCAGCCCCGCUGUGGUGUCGAGGACCCCUUCAAUGAGAGAACCUUCAAAUAUCAACUCCUCGGUCGCUGGCGCAAGAAGCGUCUAACGUACCGGAUCUACAGCCACAGUGAGGGCUUGGGGGCUGCAGCCACACGCACAGCCAUCCAGACAGCUUUCAAGUACUGGAGUGAUGUGGCACAGCUCACCUUCCAGGAGGUGCGGACCGGCCGUGCUGACAUCCGCCUCUCCUUCCAUGGUUCAUCUCCUUGGGGGUGCUCACGGCCCUUCGAUGGGAGUGGAUAUGUGCUGGCCCAUGCUGAUAUCCCCGAAUUAGGCACAGUUCACUUUGAUUCCGAUGAGGACUGGACAGAGGGGACGCCACGCGGGGUCAACCUGCGCAUCAUUGCUACCCAUGAGAUUGGCCACGCGCUGGGACUAGGUCAUUCUCGGCAUCCAGCUGCGCUGAUGGCACCCACCUACAGUGGAUAUCAGGCACGCUUCCGCCUGCACCCUGACGACAUCAAAGGCAUCCAGGCCCUCUAUGGCAAAAGAACUAUGCCAACAACAGCAACGGUGACCUCCCCCGCUCUCACCACUCUCUCCGCCACCUCCUUGCGGCCCAGUAAAGUCCCUGACCCAUGUAAAGAUGGAUUAGACGCCAUCAUGCUGGGACCGUAUGAGAAGACCUAUGCCUUCCGUGGGGAUUAUGUGUGGACAGUGACGGACUUUGGUGCCAACCCACCUUUGAAGAUCCAAGCUCUAUGGAAGGGGCUGCCCGGAUGGCUGGACGCCGCUGUGCAUUCGCCACGUACUGGGCGCACCUAUUUCUUCAAAGGUAAUAAACUGUGGCGUUACCAGGGUUUCAAGCUGGAUCCUGGCUAUCCAAAACCCCUCACCCGUAUCCCACCCAAGAUAGAUGCUGCCCUCUACUGGCCAGGAAACAAGAAGCUCUUCUUCUUUAAGGGUAGUGCAUACUGGCAAUGGGAUGAACUGGGCUUGAGCGCUUUCACUACCCAUCCGAGGAAGAUUUCCAGACUUUUCACAGGGGCCCCGACUCACCUGGAUGCUGCGUUCACCUGGGAAAACGGCAAGAUGUACCUUUUCAGGAGGGAGAAAUACUGGCGGCUCAAUGACCAGCUGCGAGUGGAGAGAGGCUACCCACUGAGCACAGCGGAGCGCUGGAUGAACUGCUAACACU